AUGGCCACGCAGUCCACGUCAGAACAAGCCGACAACCCCCCGGAUUAUGAUAGCAUCCAGCCCCGCAGGGCUGCCAUUCAAUGCAUACGGACCCCAGCAGCCCCUGAACCACCGAGCGGCUCCUCCCAGGCAUUCAAAGUCAACGGGACGAUCUAUGUAGCAGCUCAAGCAGCAAAUAUGCCUCGUGGGGGGCAUCUUGCCGAGUCCAUUGCAAGUGCAGAACGGAUGAUCCGUAAUAUAGAGGCAAUUCUGAAGGCGGCGGGUUCUGGUUUGGACAGGAUUGUUAAAACCACGGUUUAUUUUACAGAAAACAUGUGGGUCCAUUUAAUAGAUGACUUCGAGGCUCUCUAUAAACGGAUCCUUCCGUUUGCACCGCCGCGAACUACUGUUUUUGUUCCCAGGAUCGGUACUAAAGGUAAUAAACAGGAGAUACAAAUGGAGGUCAUAGCAGUGGAAUAA